CCGCUUCCCUCACCGCCCACUUCCGGCCCGGAAGUCCGUGUCCCCCCCAAGAUGGCGGCGCUCAACACGGAAGUGCGAAGAGGCGGCGGCCGCCGGGCGGGAGCUUGAGCCUCCUCCCUUCCCUCACCGGGACGCAGGACAUGGUGCAGGGUGAAGAGCACAGAUAAGGACCCUGCCGCCGCUCCGCCGCCCGCCCCCAGGCCUUCAUGCGCAGGCCGCGGGCUGAUGCCCUCCGCACGCGCUGCCAUGGACGGGGGGCAGCACCUCCCGCAGCAGGAGCACCAGCAGCCGGGCCACGCGCUCUGCAGCCUCCCCGGCCUCCGCUCCCCGCUCCCCGCCCCAGCCAUGGAGGUGAGCGCCCCAGCAGCUUCUCUGGAGGGAAUUCCAUGCUGGCUGCCGACUCCUGGAGUAGCUGCUACCCUGCCUCCUUCUCAGCCUCGUCCCUCCCCAGUGAAAACCAGCAAUAUUUUAAUUCCCCUCACGAUUUUUGUAUGAAUUCCAUCAGCAGACCACAUUUCUUGGAUACAAACUAUGCAUCUGUGGACCUCACUGACUUCUUACCAAAAAAUGGUGAUUUUCCUCAGGAUUCUUCAUACCUCGAUGAGCUCUCCAACAACAACUCCCUCUUCUCGUCCCCCGCCGAUUCCCUCUCUGACAUCGCAGAUCCCAAGAACUUCUUGUCCAACGACAGUCUGAACCACGUGCCAACACUAUGGGAUAUAAACACGCCGCAGCAGAACCAGAUCGAGCUCUUCUCGCCCAGCAGAUCGUUCUCCGGCUUAAACAGUUCGAGUGACCUCGUCCCUGCUGUCCCCAACACCCCCCUCCUCACGAGUUUCCAGUCUCAGGCUCCUGCAGAGGAGGAGGAUGAAGGUGAGGAGGAAGAAACAGAAGAGUUGGGGCAAACGGAGACCUAUGCAGAAUAUGUCCCUUCAAAGUCCAAGAUUGGGAAGCACCACCCGGACCUGGUGGUUGAGACGAGCACCCUGUCCAGCGUCCCCCCACCCGACAUCACCUACAGCCUCUCGCUGCCGCGCUCCGUGGCCGACAAAGGCUCCCUCUCUGCACUACAGCUGGAAGCAAUCAUUUACGCCUGCCAGCAACAUGAAGUUUUAUUACCCAACGGGCAGCGAGCUGGGUUCCUCAUCGGGGACGGCGCUGGAGUUGGAAAGGGCAGGACAGUUGCGGGCAUCAUCUUUGAAAACUAUCUGAAAGGGAGGAAAAAAGCUCUGUGGUUCAGCGUCUCCAAUGAUCUCAAGUAUGAUGCUGAGAGAGACCUGAAGGACAUUGAAGCCUCCCACAUUCCUGUGCAUGCUUUGAAUAAGAUUAAAUACGGUGACACAGCUACCUCAGAAGGAGUUCUCUUCGCCACUUACUCUGCGCUGAUCGGUGAAAGCCAGGCCGGCGGGCAGCACAGGACACGCUUAAAACAGAUUUUGGAGUGGUGCAGGGAAAAUUUUGAUGGAGUUAUUGUGUUUGAUGAAUGCCACAAAGCCAAAAACGCCAGCUCUACUAAAAUGGGCAAAGCAGUGUUGGACCUUCAGAACAAACUGCCUCAAGCCAGGGUUGUUUAUGCCAGUGCCACAGGUGCCUCUGAGCCAAAAAACAUGAUUUACAUGAGCCGCCUGGGGAUUUGGGGGCCGGGCACCCCUUUCAGAGCGUUUGAUGAGUUCCUGCAUGCAAUUGAGAAGAGGGGAGUGGGUGCAAUGGAGAUCGUGGCAAUGGACAUGAAGGUCAGUGGGAUGUACAUCGCCCGGCAGCUCAGUUUCACUGGAGUGACCUUCAGGAUCGAAGAGAUCCCGCUGGACCAGCAGUACAAGGUUGUCUACGACAAGGCGGCGAAGCUGUGGGCAGAGGCCUUGAUGGUGUUCCAGCAGGCGGCCGACUGGAUCGGCUUGGAGUCUCGGAAGUCCCUGUGGGGUCAGUUCUGGUCUGCUCACCAGCGCUUCUUCAAGUACCUCUGCAUCGCGGCCAAGGUCCGGCGGCUGGUGGAGCUGGCCAAGGAGGAGCUGGCCAAGGACAAGUGCAUCGUCAUCGGGCUGCAGUCCACCGGGGAGGCGCGCACCAGAGAGGUCCUGGAUGAGAACGAUGGGCAUCUCAACUGCUUUGUCUCUGCUGCAGAAGGCGUCUUUCUAUCACUAAUUCAGAAGCACUUUCCUUCAACCAAAAGAAAGAGAGAAAAAGGAACUGGCAUUAAAAGAAAACCAGGGAGGCAGAGGGGCCGCUGCACCAAGGCUCUGAGAGGGGUGUGUGACCUCACGGGUGUCAUCAAGAUCAGCGAUGACAGCAGCACCGACUCCGACAUGGGGCUCGACAGCGACUUCAACUCCUCCCCGGAGUCCGUGUUUGAGACCGACGAUGUCAUCUUCGUCGAGCACACCUACAACGGCUUCGCGGCCGAGGACAGGAGUAAUUUUCACACACUGACUUCCCGGAAAGAUGUGCACGGCCUGAGGGAGCUGGAACACGUGGAAAAGAUGAAGCAGGACCUCCUCGCUAAAGUAAAAGCACUGGGCAAAGAGCUACCUCUCAAUACCUUGGAUGAACUGAUCAAUCACUUCGGGGGCCCGGAGCACGUGGCCGAGAUGACGGGGCGGAAGGGCCGCGUGGUUUGCAGACCCGACGGCUCCGUCGUGUUCGAGUCUCGCGCGGAGCAAGGGCUCUCCAUCGACCACGUCAACCUGAAGGAGAAGGAGAGGUUUAUGAAAGGGGAAAAGCUCGUAGCAAUAAUCUCCGAGGCCUCCAGCUCAGGUAUCUCUCUCCAAGCAGACAGACGGGUGAAGAACCAGAAGCGCCGGGUGCACAUGACGCUGGAGCUGCCCUGGAGCGCGGACCGGGCCAUCCAGCAGUUUGGUCGAACGCACCGAUCGAACCAGGUCUCUGCUCCAGAGUAUGUCUUCCUCAUCUCGGAGCUGGCGGGGGAGCGGCGGUUUGCGUCCAUCGUGGCGAAGCGUCUGGAGAGCCUGGGUGCCUUAACCCAUGGAGACCGACGGGCCACCGAAUCCCGAGAUCUCAGCAAGUACAACUUUGAGAAUAAGUACGGGGCUAAAGCACUGGACAGAGUCCUCUCCACUAUCCUCAACCACAUGGAGAACAGAGUUCCUGUGCCCAAGAGCUACGACAAAGGGGAGGCCGCCUUUUUCCACGAAAUGAAGCAAGGUCUCAUCUCUGUGGGGAUCUGCUGCAACCAGAUGAAGUAUGGCACUGUCUCUGUGGAGAAAGACUGCUCCAUCACCAAGUUCCUGAACCGCAUCCUGGGCCUGGAGGUGGACAAGCAGAACAUGCUCUUCCAGUAUUUUUCGGACACCUUUGACUAUCUGAUCGAAAAGGACAAGAAGGAGGGCAAAUACGACAUGGGCAUCCUAGAUUUAGCCCCAGGAGUGGAUGAGAUCUACGAGGAGAGCAAGGAGGUUUUCCUGACGCCCGGGCACCCGCAGGAUGGGCAGGUUGUGUUUUACAAGAUCAGUGUUGACAGAGGCCUGAAGUGGGAGGAAGCCUACGAGAAGUCGCUCAAACUGACAGGAUCCUUUGAGGGGUUCUACCUCUCCCGCAAGACACGAGGCCACAGAUACACCUGCCUGCUGGCAGAGCAGAGCCGCGGGAAGAACUUCAUCCUCUACAAACCAAACAUUGGGAAGCAGAGCCAGCUGGAGAGUCUGGACAGUCUGCAGAAGAAGUACCGGCAGGUGCUGCCCGAGGAAGCCAAGGAGCACUGGAACAACAGUUACCACUUAUCCCUGAAGAGCUGUAACCAUGCUGCCUGGAAUGGGAACUGCAAGCUGAUCCAGGAGGGGAAGGAGUGCUUCCAGGGCAUGCGCCUGCGUCACUACUACAUGCUGUGCGGGGCCCUGCUGCGGGUCUGGAGCAGGAUCGCCAGCGUCAUGGCAGACAUCACCAACACCAGCUACCUGCAGAUCGUCCGCCUCAAGACCAAGGAGAAGAAGAAACAAGUCGGGAUAAAGAUCCCCGAGAGCUGUGUCCAAAAGGUGCUGGUGGAGCUGAAGCAGAUGGACGAGAACGUGAAGCGAAAGCACAACCGACUCCUGCAGGGCCAAGAGCAGAGCCCACAGUUCUCCCUGCCACUGCCCAUCCUGCCCCAGCCCCUGGACCUCACGCCGACGGGGCCUGGGGUCUCCCUGCCCGGGCACUCCCUGUGCCAGGACGAGAUCCUGGACUUGACCUACAGCCCUCCCGGCAACAGCAUUCCCGACGUGGUGAUGAACCCAGAGCCCAGGGGGCUGUGCUUCUCCUCGGAGUCCGUUCUCCAGCCGCACCAGCAGCACGGAUUGUCCUUCGGCUUCAGCCACCCUUCAGCCUUCAAGAGCCCGGCCCCCAUCCUGGAGGGGAGCGUUCCUGUGAGCUCGGCGCUGCACGAUCCCCUGCCUCACCCGGGACCCCUGCAGACCCUGCAGCAGCCACAGCAGCAGCAGCAGGAUGAUUUCCUCCAACAGGAUGAGAAUAUCAAUUUCAGAGAGAUCCUGGAGGACAUGUUCAGGACGUUUAAUGGGGCCCCCCAGGAGAACAUGCUCCCCCAGGAGCGCCAGAGCGUGAUCCAGUUCAGUGGCCCUUUCCCAGACUUCUGAACGCCGGCCGGGCCGCGCUCGGCCACUGGGAACCCAUCGCCUUCGGCGCAGAGGUGAGAGCUGGGGAGCCCCGGCUUUUCUACUGGUCUGGACUGACCCUUUUCUGGUUUUGAGGGAAGAAAAAAAAAACAUAUAUAGUUCCUUAAAGCAAAGUUUAUUUAUAUAUAAUAUACAGUCAGGCAUGUAUAGAUUUGUAUAUAACAUGCGCUUGGGGGGAGUUGAGCUGCCGGGUUCAGCUGAUCUGGACUGAUGGUCUCUGCUGUGUUGGAGCCCUGCUCAAAGGUCAGUGCCCGGGUAGGACUGAGCCCCCCCCUGCUCCUCCCUGCCCGUCCCCUGCAGACUACUGAGUUCCCCUUGGUCGUGCCUUCCCCAGCCCCCCAGCCCAGUGAGCUGGUCCCCCCAGAGCUGGUGGCCAAACUGCUGCCAGCUUUCCCCUCGGGCCGCCCCAGCGCUCUGUGGACCCCGAGGACUCUGAAGGUGGGGUGAAGGGGAAGGGAAUGGGGUCCCAGAGCUCGGGUGUCCCCCUGGGCAGGGCUGAGCAGGGAGAAGCAAAACUGCCUGCUCUGCCCUCCGCGGGCAGGGACACCGGCACCUCCGGGGCUGCCUGAGCUCCGCGGGAGAAGGCAGGAGCUGGUGGCAGAGCUGGUGAGUUUGUCAGAGCUCAGCCACCCCGGGACCACGGGGGGAUCCCCUGAGCAGAAGGGCCCUGUGCCCCGUCAGCCUGUCCUGCACUUUAGCCUCGCCGGGUCGCCGUGGCUGGCCCUGCUUCCUCCCUCCUCUUGCUGUCACCUGGUGUCCCCUCACCUGGCCAUCUCACCGUUCCGGUUCUGCCGGGCUCGUCCUUGGCUGGGCCAGGGACGUGGGGUGCGUGUGGGGAUCCCCAGCCCUGCCCUCGGAGCUGCUCCCCAGCCCCACAGAUCCCUGGGCAGCCCCGGGGCUGGGCGGUGUCGCUGCUCACGCUGCAAAUUCACCCUCCAGUACCAAAGAGCAAAGUUCUGCUUUGCAAAGCACUGCCCCAGACACCCCGCUGCCCCUCGGCCCGGAGCUGGGCAAGCUGCCCCGUGACACAGGUGGCCCCCGGCUGCUUUGGUCACUGUCCCUGUCCCAGCAGCAUCUCCCCUCGGCAGGUCCCGGGGAACUGUCUCUUGUUUUCUCCCUCUGUCCCACGGAUCCUGGCAGGGGGCUGCCUGCUCCGGGGACGCUCCAGACCUGGCCUCCCAUCGGCCACGUUUCCCCUCUGCCUGGAGUCACCGAGGCGUUUCCUACAAGUGGCUGUUUUUGGGGAGGGACAGGAGACCCUCCCUGGCUGGGCUUGACCCUUCCUUGGGGAGGACCUGGGGAAGGGGCUCCAGCCGGGAGAGGCCUCUGCUGGGUCCCCCGUGCCCUGACGGGUCAGUCUUGAGGGGGCUGGUGGAGCCCCCUCCUCCAGGCAGAGAGCCCUGACCCCCCAGUUCCCCCCCAGAGCCCGGCCGAGCGCCCUGUUUGCUGCUGGGAAGAGCUUUGGGUCGGUGGCCACAGCGUUCGUGCUCCUCCUGGGAUGGGACCUGCCUUCCCUGGGCACCGAGGCCACGGAACUGCCCCCGCCAUGUCCCUCUGGGCUCGGGUUUGAGGUCCUUCUGGUCCCUGCCCUUCCUUCUGGGGGCUUCUCCUUGCCCCCCACCCUCCCCAGCUGGCACCUGCCCCCCCCCGCCCCCCCCCCGGGUCUGUCCUGCCGUUGGGGCCCCGUUUUACUGCAUUCAAGGAAACCUCCUUACCUCAAAGUGAACACCAAAGAUGGGGGGAAGCCCCUGCGUGACCCCCCACCCCCCCCAGUCCCCUGCUGCCGCCCCGAGAGGUUUGUGCUUGUCCCGCAGCGUUUCUCGCCUCUCGCCGCGGGGCCGUGGGGCAUCGCUGCUCUCGGGGGCCCGACGGCCCUUUCUCCUGGUCCCCAACAGAGCAAGGCCCCCCCAGGCCCCAGACCCCCCUUUAUUUAAAAUACAUCCCACCCCACAGCACUGGGGGGGGGGGGCUGGAUUCACCCCGGUCCUGGCUCGUUCAGCGCUCGCUGGGAUCUCGGCGAGGAGAGGAAAAACAGGGAAAACCCAUUUCAGAGAGGCUUAAACUCAGGAAUAGCGAGGAGGAGCCCUCCCGCCCGGCACCCCCCGCCCCGCGGCACCCGGGGCCUGUCCUGGUGGCUUCGACCUUCAUCUUAAAAAUAUAUGCAAUUUGUCCCUCCCCGAUCUCUGGGCAGACAGAGAGCACCUUGGAGAAAGCCCUUCCCUGCCCCGAUCCUGUGUUUUUGUCAGGGUUAAUAAUAUGUAACAAUAUCUUUUAAACUAAAUUAUUAUGCAGUUGUCCUACUGAUUGUACGUAUUUUUAAAUGAGUCCCUUUUUUUCCUUCCCUUACACCUUUUUGUUAGCACUUUUUAAUCCGCUUGUUGUUUGCCUUUGUUUUUCUAUGUGUAUUUAUAAUUAAUUGAGAUGUAUAUAUGUAAAGAGAUUUUUUUUUUUUUAGAAUAUGUGCCUUUGACUAAUAAUUCCUGGAUUUUCUACUUGCCUCAGAAGGAUAAUUUUUCAUUGUGCUCAGUAAAAAUGGAAAGGAAGCCACAUCCGA